UUCUCGCAUUCCAGUCCUCAGGGUUUCCAGAGUUAAGGAGAAGGCGGAGCAUAGCGUUGGAUUUUUGGAAGAAAUCCUUCCCAAAGAAAACCUGCUUGCAGACAUUGUCAGCUAAUGCGCGGGCGUAACAUGCGCAGCAGAGACAAUUUUAAAAGAUCCGGCAGCUUUCCUGGUAAUUGGCUGUUUCCUUUAAAAUUUUUGAAUUUUUUAAUAUCACACCAAGAGGCUAGCGCAUGUUGACUUUAUGGUAGUGAAAUGACUCCUCCAAUCUAAACUUUUUCUUGGCAUUCAGAACAUCUUUAAGAUUUGGAGAUAACCGCAACGCCUGAAGAAUUCGUGCGCGGAGUAAGACAGUACGUAGAGGAACCGGAAAAGCUCGAGGCCAAGAUGGUGGUUGUAAAACGCAGCGUUGACGAUUGAUUAGCUUUCGGAACGAACAUGGAACCUGGCGCGUACAACUUCCUCCCCCCUCCGGAGUGCCCGGUGUUCGAGCCUACCUGGACAGAGUUCAGUGACCCGCUUGGCUACAUCGCUAAAAUCAGGCCCAUCGCUGAGAAGUCGGGUAUUUGCAAGAUCCGCCCACCCGCGGACUGGCAGCCUCCUUUUGCAGUAGAAGUGAACAACUUCAGAUUUACUCCACGCAUCCAGAGGCUAAGUGAACUAGAGGCCCAGGCCAGAGUGAAAUUGAACUAUUUGGACCAGAUUGCAAAAUUCUGGGAAAUUCAAGGUUCUUCAUUAAAAAUCCCCAGUGUGGAACGGAGGAUCUUAGACCUCUACAGCCUUAGUAAGAUUGUGGUGGAGGAAGGUGGUUAUGAAGCCAUCUGCAAGGACCGUCGGUGGGCCCGAGUUGCGCAGCGCCUCUACUACCCACCAGAUAAAAACACUGGCUACCUUUUAAGAUCUCACUAUGAACGUAUCAUUUACCCUUAUGAAAUGUUUCAGUCUGGAGCUAACCUUGUGCAGUGUAACACUCAUCCAUUUGACAGUGAGGAAAAAGACAAGGAGUAUAAACCCCACGGCAUUCCCUUUAGACAGUCUGUGCAGCCUUCCAAAUUCACCUGUAGUUGGUGGGCAAAAAGACUACAGCCUGAUCCAGAGCCCACAGAAGAAGACAUUGAGAAAAAUCCAGAGCUGAAGAAGUUACAGAUCUUUGGGGCUGGCCCCAAGAUGAUGGGCUUGGGCCUUGUGGCCAAGGAGAAGACUUUUAGGAAGAAAAAAGGGGUCAUAUGCCCCUCCACUGUUACAAUGAAGAAGGAACCUAGUGGGAAUAGGAAAGUGAUGUCAACACUGCCAAAGGAGGACUUGAGUCACAGCCUAGAGCCCUGCCCCAAGAUGACCAUGCAGCUAAGAGAAAAUCACAGCAGUACCCAAUUUAUUGACUCAUAUGUUUGUCGAAUGUGCUCCCAGGGGGAUGAAGAUGAUAAACGUCUUCUCUGUGGUGGCUGUGACGAUAGUUACCACAUCUUCUGCCUAUUGUCACCCCUUCCUGAAAUCCCCAGAGGGGCCUGGAGGUGUCCAAAGUGUAUCAUGGAGGAGUGUAAGAGACCCCCUGAAGCCUUUGGCUUUGAGCAGGCUACCCAGGAGUACACUUUGCAGAGCUUUGGUGAAAUGGCUGAUUCCUUCAAGUCGGACUACUUCAACAUGCCUGUUCAUAUGGUACCUUCAGAACUUGUGGAGAAAGAAUUCUGGAGGCUGGUGAGCAGCAUUGAGGAGGAUGUGACAGUUGAGUAUGGAGCAGACAUUGAUUCUCAAGAAUUUGGCAGUGGUUUUCCUUUCUGCAAUAGCAAAGAGAACCUUUCCCCUGAGGAGGAGGAGUAUGCAACUAGUGGUUGGAACCUGAAUGUGCUGCCACUGUUGGAUCAGUCUGUUUUCUGCCACAUAAAUGCAGACAUAUCAGGCAUGAAGGUUCCCUGGCUAUAUGUGGGCAUGGUGUUCUCCACAUUUUGUUGGCAUAUUGAGGAUCACUGGAGUUACUCGAUUAAUUACCUGCACUGGGGUGAGCCAAAGACCUGGUAUGGGGUACCAUCACGGGCAGCAGAGCACUUGGAGGAGGUGAUGAAGAGUGUGACGCCUGAACUGUUUGAUAGCCAGCCUGACCUUUUACACCAACUUGUCACCCUCAUGAAUCCAAAUACCCUCAUGUCUCAUGGUGUACCGGUUGUCCGCACAAACCAGUAUGCAGGAGAAUUUGUUAUCACUUUCCCUCGUGCUUACCACAGUGGAUUUAACCAAGGGUACAACUUUGCAGAGGCUGUCAACUUUUGUACUGCUGACUGGCUACCUGCUGGACGCCAGUGUGUUGAACACUAUCGCCAGCUUUGGCGCUACUGUGUGUUUUCCCAUGAGGAGCUCAUAUGCAAGAUGGCAGCCUUUCCAGAGAAGUUAGACCUAAAUCUGGCUGUGGCUGUGCACAAAGAGAUGUUCAUUAUGGUGCAGGAGGAGCGACGUUUACGAAAGGCCCUUUUGGAAAAGGGCAUCACGGAGGCUGAGCGAGAGGCUUUUGAGCUGCUCCCAGAUGACGAACGCCAGUGCAUCAAGUGCAAGACCACGUGCUUCCUAUCAGCCCUGGCCUGCUGUGACUGCCCAGAUGGCCUUGUCUGCCUUUCCCACAUCAAUGACCUAUGCAAAUGUUCCAGUAGUCGGCAGUACCUGCGGUAUCGGUACACCUUGGAUGAGCUCCCUGCCAUGUUACAUAAUCUGAAGGUUCGGGCUGAGUCCUUUGACACCUGGGCCAACAAAGUGCGAAUGGCUCUGGAGGUGCAGGAUGGCCAAAAGCGGAGCUUUGAAGAGCUAAGAGCACUAGAGACUGAGGCCCGCGAAAGAAGGUUUCCUGACAAUGAGCUGCUUCAGCAGUUAACUAACUGCUUAAAUAAAGCAGAGGCUUGUGUUUCCCAAGUCUUGGGCCUGGUCAGUGGUCAGGGAGUCAGGAUUGAAACACCACAGCUGACACUGACUGAGCUCCAGGUCCUUCUUGAGCAGAUGCACAGCCUCCCCUGUGCCAUGCGUGAAAUUGGGGCUAUAAAGGAUUUCCUGCAGCAAGUGGAGGCCUACCAAGCUGAGGCCCGGGAGGCCCUGACCUCACUGACCCCAAGUCUGGGACUAUUGCGGUCCCUGUUGGAGAGAGGGCGGCAGCUGGGUGUGGAGGUCCCUGAAGCCCAUCAGCUUCAGCAGUGUGUGGAGCAAGCAGGAUGGCUAGAUGAAGUGAAGCAAGCUCUGGCCCCUUCAGCUCAAAGGGGAUCUCUUGUCAUCAUGCAGGGGCUGUUGGUUACAGGUACCAAAGUAGCUUCCAGCCCUUCUGUAGACAAGGUGCGUGCUGAGCUUCAGGAGCUGCUGACCAUUGCAGAGCACUGGGAAGAAAAGGCUCAUUUCUGCCUGGAGUCCAGGCAGAAGCAUCCACCAUCUACAUUGGAAGCCAUAAUUCGUGAGGCAGAAAACAUUCCUGUUCACCUCCCUAAUAUCCAGGCACUCAAAGAGGCUCUGACCAAGGCUCAGGCUUGGAUUGCUGAUGUGAAUGAAAUCCAAAAUGGUGACCACUAAGCAUGCUUGGAUGACUUGGAGGGCUUGGUCGCUGUGGGCCGUGACCUACCUGUAGGGCUGGAGGAAUUGAGACAGCUGGAGUUGCAGGUAUUAACAGCACACUCCUGGAGAGCAAAGGCCUCCAAGACCUUCCUGAAGAAGAAUUCAUGCUUCACACUGUUAGAGGUGCUCUGCCCAAGUGCAGACACUGGUUUAGGCAGGACCAAGCACAACCGGUGGCUGAAAAAGGAACUGAAGUUACACAAAUCUGAUACAGAGCUGCUGGGACUUUCUGCACAGGACCUCAGGGACCCAGGCUCUGUGAUCAUGGCCUUCAAAGACAGGGAACAGAAGGAGAAGGAGGGAAUCUUAGAGCUGCGACAUAUUAACUCCACCAAGCCCAGCCUUUUGGCAUCAUCAAGCACAGCUUCCUCUGCACCCUCCAUCUGUGUGUGUGGACAGGUGCCAGCCGGGGUGGGAGCUCUGCAGUGUGACCUGUGUCAUGACUGGUUCCAUGGGCAGUGUGUGUCAGUACCCCACCUCCUCAGUUCCCGGCCCAGUGCUGCCUCAUCCCCACUGCUGGCUUGGUGGGAGUGGGAUACCAAAUUCUUGUGUCCACUCUGCCUGCGCUCACGGCACCCACGCCUGGAGACCAUCCUUGCACUCCUGGUAGCACUGCAGAAGCUACCUGUACGGCUUCCUGAGGGUGAGGCCCUGCAGUGCCUCACAGAGAGGGCCAUUGGUUGGCAAGGUCGUGCCAGACAAGCUUUGGCUUCUAAGGAGGUGACUCACCUGUUGGAACCUGCUGAGCUUCGCCAAUGGCUUCAGGCUGAACGCAGGCCUGCGGAGUCCACUAUGUACCUUUCAACCCCUGCCUCUUACCCUCUCAGAGAAGGAAGUGGCAAGGAUAUCAGUAAGGUCCAAGGAUUGCUAGAGAACAGAGACAGUAUAAAAAGUAUUGAGAAGGUACCCCCUGGACAGGGCUCAGUUAUGAAAGACCUGGAGCAGCUAUCCUCGUUACUGCCCCGGUUGACUGGCCCUGUGUUGGAGCUGCCUGAAGCAACUAAAGCCCCCCUGGAGGAGCUAAUGUUGGAGGGGGAUCUGCUUGAGGUGACUCUAGAUGAGAACCACAGCAUUUGGCAGCUGUUGCAGGCUGGGCAGCCUCCAGAUAUAGCACGGAUCCACACACUUCUGGAGCUGGAGAAACCUGAGCAUCAGGGAAGUCGAUUAAGAGGCCAGGUACUGGAGAAGCGACGGCACUGGCAUCAGAGUGUAGAUUUAUGUAGAAAGACUGAAUGUAUCUUUCAAGAAGAGGUGAAGUCAAAAAAGACCCGAUGCUCAGAGAUCAAGCCUGAGGUGGGCGAAGAGGAAGAAGGGUUUGAAGAGGAAACAAACCAUGAAGAUACAUUUUUAACACCCCCUCCAGAGCAUAACCUCAUCCUGAAAGGGAACCAAAAUAAUUUACAAGAGGAGGUUUCAUCUCCUACAACAUCUUUACCUUCUUUAACCCCUUUGUUACACCUGUCCUACCCUGAGGAGCAAGAGUUAUGACAGCAACACAAAAAUUUAUAUUUAACGCCACUGUGUCUUGCAUCUUUGUAGGUCCUAUACCUUCUUUUCUAAUAUUUGUUCCUUCAGAGAGUUUGGGAAGCUGAUGUUUUAAAACUCACUUCCUUCAUACAGUGCAUUUAUGCCUCUUCCCAGCAACAUUAUUGAGACUAGCAUACAGAGGGUGAUUUCCUAAUCUAGUUGUUUCCUAGACUACAUCCAAUAAAACUUGAGAAAGGUGAAUGUAUUUGAUUUCAUUUUUCUUCCUAUAUUCUAUUUUUUUUUUGCUUUUCCUUAUGGCACGUACAUAUUUUGGUACCUAAAGACUUCUUCCACCAGCAGUUCACCUCCUUUUCUUUUUUCACCUUGGUUCACAUUGUAAUAAAAAACAUUUUUGAUGUAAAUAUUUGUUAAGGGCAAAGUAAUAGAGAAAAAAAAAAAGUUCUUGCUUCCAACUUUUCUUUCUUUAACUUGAUUCCAUAACAAUAAAACACCAUUGGGUGUAUUU